CCUAAGUCAAUGCUAAAUAGUAAAUACAAAACAGCCCUUAAAACCCUUAAUCUUUUUACCCGUCAUUCUACCUUCUAUGGUUCCACCGACUGUGUUCAUCUACGAUCGACUCUGCUCUCCCCCGGCGAUGUUUCCACAAUUGCAAGUAGACAGCGGUGCUGGUGAUGACUGGCACUGCAACCCACGACCAAAUACCGACAAGGCGAACACCAGUAAGUCUUGCUUGAUCUUUCUUCAAAAGAUGGGUGUGAUGUGCAAAUUCUUAAACAAUUUUGAUGGAUUAAACAGUUCCCUUUCAAUUGCUUUAAAUCCAAAAAAAAAUUUCAAAAGAUUGUAAACUUUAUUCUUGCAAAACUUGGAAAUUAAAAUAAAAGAGAAACAGAGAGUACAGGGAAAACAAUAGGUGAAGAGACGAAUUGGAGAAGAUGAGAAAGUGGGACUGUGAGAGAAAUAGAAUCACAUGCGACAU